GGACGACACGGAAAAACAAGAUACAGAGUAUGAACAAGACUUACCAGUCUAUGCAGGACUUGAACGUUAUCAACUUUUGGACAAAUUAGGCGAUGGUGCCUUUUCCGAUGUUUACAAGGCCUUGGAUCAAAAGACUCAUGACAACGUGGCUAUCAAGGUGGUCCGAAAACUAGAGUUAAACUCAAACCAAGUAAUUUUUUUUUUUUUGGUCACGGGGUUUGCAAACAUUGUUACAAUAUUGGAUUUAUCUAAUGAUUUUAUUAUAUUAUAAAUAGAGAGCCGGAGUCCUUAAAGAAGUCCAACUCAUGCGAUCAAUACAACAUGAAUCCAUUAUCAAGCUAUUAGGAUUUAUCGAAACAAAUGAAUAUUAUUUUCUCAUUCUGGAAUUAUGCCAAGGUGGAGAACUCUUUCAUCAAAUUGUUCAUCUUACUUAUUUUAGUGAAGAUCUUGCUCGUCAUUGUAUAUCUCAAGUUGCUGAAGGUAUACGUUACUUACACGAAGACAAAGGGAUCGUUCAUAGGGACAUCAAACCUGAAAAUUUGUUAUUCGAACCAAUACCAUUUAUACAACGAGAUACAUCUUCCUCAAGUUCUUCUCAACCUCAAAUCAAUGCCAUUGAUGAUGAUCUCGAUGAACCCAAAGUAGAUGAAGGUAGAUUUAUUGCAAAUUAUGGUGGUGGUGGUAUUGGUAAAGUCAAGAUUGCUGAUUUUGGUCUAUCCAAGGUGAUCUGGGAUCAACAGACAAGAACUCCAUGUGGUACAGUCGGCUACACUGCUCCAGAAAUAGUGCGCAACGAAAGAUAUACCAAGUCAGUGGAUAUUUAUUCGAUGGGCUGUGUAUUGUAUACUAUGCUUUGUGGUUUCCCUCCCUUUUAUGAUGAUUCCAUUGAUAUUCUGACCGAAAAAGUGGCAAGGGGACAUUACUCAUUUCUAUCUCCGUGGUGGGAUUCUGUUUCUGACGAUGCCAAGGACCUGGUGGCUCAUUUAUUGUGCGUGGACCCUAAUGAACGAUAUGACAUUCAUCAAUUUAUGCAACAUCCUUGGAUGAACAAACAGUCAGUUACUUCAGAUGAUGAGCCCUCCAAAGCCGUUGGUGAUAUCUUGAUUCCACCAUCAACAACUACCUCUAUCGCCAAAGAAACAAUUGCAGCUACCAAACCCAAACACAUUCUGAUUGGUAAUCGGCAUGAUGAUUUAUUCCAAAAUACGGUUUCUUCUAUGAAAGAAUUAUUUGAUAUUUCUUGCAAGAUACACAGAAAAUCAGAAGAACAAGCUCAUCGAAAGAAAACCCAGAAAUUCUAUCGACCCUUUUUUGGAUACUAUUUGACAGAUGACGAUGAUGACGAUGAUGAUGAUGAUAGUAGUGAAGAUACUCCCAUUGGCGAUACAACUUGCAACAGUUUUCAAAGUAAUGACGGUGAACUAUCACCAACAGCAACAACAACAAAUGACGAUCAAUUCAGUAAAUUCAACCUAUCACAUUCAUUGCACAUUACACUGAAUAAGCAAGGAAAAAUCAAAGAGGAUGAUGAUGAUCAAUGUCUUAGAUCGAAGUUGUUUGACUUGAAUUUGGACAGUGCAACCUUAAUUGGACGACGCAAAAACAACAACAACAAUGAACACCUAUCGAACCCAAUCAUGCCGCUGGACCGGAAAAAUUGAAUUUCCUUAGUGUGCCUCUUAGUUUAGAAUAU